AAGUCAUAUGAUACGACACAGUACAAAACGCGAUUAAUUAACUUGUAACGCCAUUUAACUUCAACAUGGAUAAGAAACUUAAAAUAUCUGUCAUUGUUGUUCUACUUUGUAUUGUUAUUUGUUUGACUUUGGUGUUAGCUCUUGUCUGGUCAAUGCCUGAUUUACCAACAACAGAACAGAGAAAUCAGAUUUGUCUAUCAAGUGAGUUUGGACCCUUAAAAUGCGGCAAAACAUCUGACAUGUUAGCCGAUUAUCUCGGAAAAACAAUUGGGAAGCAGUAUGAUGAAGCUAAAAGAAAACAUGAAGAGAAACAACAAGCUUAUCUCAGUGAAAACAGUGCCCGCCUUAUGAAUAUAUAUGACAAACAUUUUUGGGAAAUGAAACCAGCUGCAAAAUUAACUGGAAAGGAGCAACCGCCAUUAAGAGAAAUUGACAUUGGCGCUGAUAUGGUUCCUAUAAGAGAGUGGUGUAACGGUAGAGAACUGUAUGAUACAAAAGGCUUUAUCAGAUUAGGAAUUAGAUACAGAAAUGGUCGACUAGUUGUUCCAGUAGACGGCACAUAUUUUAUUUAUUCUAAUCUUGAUUUUUUUGAGGAAUCUAACCCCUCGUCAGGAUUACCGGAUAUCAAAGAUAUAAAUAAACCAAUUAAGCACGGUAUCUUUAAGUUCAAUAUUCUUGAAGGAGAGGAAAAAGAAUUAGUAUCAAAUGUACAACCACAUACUAUCUCUACCAACCGAUACUACAAUUCAUAUAAUAGCUACGUCUCGUCACUGGCAGAACUAAAAGCUGGUGAUGAACUUUCUGUUAAAGUUAGCAAUAUUUCAUACAUAAGAUACACAAAGGACAAUUAUUUUGGAGUAAAUCUAAUAUGACGCUAUCCUCGCCCUGGGGAACACGUGCACGUCGUGGUGGGGGCACAAUACGUCAAUUUUAGUACAUUAUACGCUGCACAUUACGUGUUGACCAAUUGUUCGAGUCCUGCAAUCUUUCAUCUGGUUUACCGAAUAUCAAGGAUAUCAAUAAACCAAUUAAGCACGGUAUUUUUAAAUUCAAUAUUCUUGAAGGUGAGGAAAACGAAUUAGUAUAAAAUGUACAACCACAUACUAUCUCUACCAACCGAUACUACAAUUCAUAUAAUAGUCAUAUCUCGUCACUCGUAGAACUAAAAGCUGGGGUUAAACUAUCAGUUAAAGUUAGCAAUAUAACAUACAUAAGAUACACAGAGGACAAUUAUUUUUGCGUAAAUCUAAUAUGACCUCAUCGCUGCCGUGAUAAGGGAAAAUUCAACUAGGAGCCACGACACUAAGCAAUGAAUAUAUCUGCGCUAAACACUGCAUGUUUCAGAAAAGAACAGAACAGAAUAUAUCUUGAUUAACUCAAGUUACAUAAGGAACACAUUAGUAUACAUACAAACAGUGAUGAAUCUCUGUUAAUAAACUACUAUUCCACACAUUGUAGUUUUAAACCGGAUAACCGAGAUACGAUCUUCUUGUUUUUUGUCUUUUGUUUUAUAGUUAUAUAUAUUGUCUUAUUUAGUCAUUUUGAAAUAUGAUCUGAGUUGUAAAUA